AUGACGACCGAUCAGACAAAAAGUCAGUCUCGAUUCGUCUAUCUAGACGGCCCCGGCGACUGGGAAGUCUGGGAACAAGACUUCUUGAGCAAAGUCAAGCUCCAACGCGUCUGGGACCAAGUCCAGGGAACGAAGCCCCUGAGGAAAGAACCGAUAUGCCCGGAACCCGAUCAGGGCUACGCAACCCGAGCGAACGCGGCCCGAGGCGCGCAAUCCGCGACAGACUCGACAAUCACCGUAGCUUCAGGCUCUCGACCGAUAUCCGUGGCGGAUCUCACCGACGGCGGCCGCACUCGAUUCAACGAAGACAUGGCAACCUACAUCCGUCUGGAAACCCUCUACGUGCAAGAAGCGAAGGCCAUGGCAGAAAUCGGCGAGUUCGUCAUCAAGACCGUCAACCCGAAGUAUCGACGGACCUGCUGCAAAGCAGAUGACUCGAUCUCCCAGUGGUACAUCAACCUGAAGAAAGAGGUGGGAGCCACAACCGAAUGGGGAUACAACAAAGCCAGCAACGAUUACCACGAAGCCCUCAAGCCAUUAGCGAAAAUCAAGGACUAUGAGACCUUCAUCGACAAAUGGGAAACGGCAUUUUCCGUCGCCAACGACAAGGGAGUCGCCGAGACGCUCAACUACCUCUCGUGGUCGCGGGAUUUUUUCCGAUCCAUCAAGAACGUUCCAGAGGCUGUCGCGUGGGGAAUAUCAUACCGUCAAACCAAAGGGCAAGACUUCCAAGAAGGGAAGCUCACGUAUCGUGACUUUGCGGUGGACUUUCGCAACGAGAUGGGCCUGGUCGCGCCCACAACAAUGCACAAAAAGAUUGGGAGAGGUGCAUUUGGACCUACCUACGCGGAUCAGGAGGCCAACGACCAAAACGCAGAAGGCGCAUCCAGAGGGCGGGGAGGACGCACCCGUUCAGGCAAGAAACGCACGCGAGACAACCGAUCGUUUUCGUCGAAGUGCAUGCUCUGUGACGUCCCGGGACACAAGAUCGAGGAGUGUUUCUUUCUGUCCCAACAAGCCCCAACCUGGUUUAGUCUCGAUUGCUCAACGGAGAGGUUCUUCAAUAAAAGACCAGCGCUUCCUGACGACUAUAUCGUGGCAGGAGACUCCCGAUUAGCCGUCAGGGGAUACGGAGACGUAACCAUCCAGUUGGGGACCACGCGGAAGGUCAUGAGACUUCGAGACGUGGCAUUCAUCCCUAGCAUUCAGUGCAACUUGGUCUCCUUGCGUCUCAUCAGACGGCAGGGAUUUUACUGGGACAACCGAAAUGACCCAACCCUCCUCAGGAGAAGAGUAGACAACUCUGUGGUGUGUCGACUCCGGGACCUACACGGGCAGUACGUCAUCGAAUACAACGACGCCAAUUCCAACCAUGCAUCUUUUGCAACCCGAUCAGCACGCUGGACGAACUGGAAACGACCAUCAGUCACAGCAGAAGCCCAGAAAUGGCACCUCCGAUACGGGCAUCCAGGACCAGAGGCCUUAGCCCGACUGCAGCGGACAGCUCAGGGGGUGAAGAUCAGAGGGCCAACCACAGUCCAGUGCGAGGCAUGCGCCAAGAGCAAGAUCAAGCGACAGAUCAGCCGUCGUCCACGCCAAUUUACCCAAGGGGUAGGCGAGAGACUAGCCGUCGAUUUCCACGAAUACACCCAAGGAUACGAAGGAUUCAAGCACCUGAUGCUGGUCACCGAUCGCUGGUCUGGACUGGUCUGGGAUUUCUACCUCACCGAUCGGAAGGGGAAGACACUUGUGGAAGCCUUUGACGGACUCUGGAUCUACCUGGACACGCAGUACAGGAUUCGCCCCGCGGUCAUCGAGACCGACAACGAAGUCAUGAAACAUGACGGGAUCAUUUCAUGGGCAGCCGAGAAAGGUAUCCGUUUCGAGCCCUCAGCACCGUACACUCAAGCACAGAACGGCGGCGCAGAGCGCUCAGGGGGUGUGAUCAAAGAAAAGGCGAGAGCGAUCCGAGAGUCAGCAAAAUUUCCAGAGUUCCUUUGGCCAGAAAUCGUCAAAGCAGCAGUCUAUCUUCAUAAUCGCACUCCGACGCUGAUCAACCAUUGGAAAUCACCAUACGAGCGAUUCCACACACAGAUCGGAACCCACGCGGGAGGAUUCGCCCAGGCAAGGAAGCCUGAAGGCACGCAUCUGAAAGCGUACGGAUGCAAGGCAUACGCCAUGACGGCGAAAGCACAAGAGAAGAAGGAUCGAAUCAGGAGAUUCAACCCCAAGGCUUGGGUAGGAUAUUUGAUCGGAUAUCAAUCGUCCAACAUCUAUCGAGUAUGGGUUCCCUCGCUCAACCGCGUCAUCAGCACCAGGGACGUGAUCUUCAACGAAGACGAGUUCUUCAGCGGCAACGUGGAACAACUGCGAGACGACUUGCGGAUCCUCAACGAAGAGGACCUGAAGAAGGCCUUGGACACUGCCGAAUUACCCGAACCCGACCUAGAGGACGAGCCAACAGGCCGAUCAGGAGAAGACGAGGAAGUGAUGGACAUGGGAGAUCCUCUGGAUCCAGUGGAAGACUCAAGCUCAGAGUCGAAGCUCACCUCUACACGAUUCGAGCCUCUCCCUACUCCGCCUCAGUCCCCUCCAGCAGCGUUCUUCACCACCAUGUACGAGAAAACGUCAUAUGACGAGCCCCAGGACCAGGAGUCAACCUACAAUGCUUGGCAGGGUGUUGAAGCCUACAAUGUCUCGAGGCAAGAAGGCCCGAGGCAGGCGACUUUCCCCUACAAUGUCAAGCAGGUUGCAGCGGCCUACAAUGCCAGUCAGGUUGAAGUAACCUACAAUGACACCCAGCAGGCUACCCCGUGGGAGCAGGCCUACAAUGCUGGAAGGCAGACCGCUGAUCCGAAGUCCGCGAGGGGAGAAGCGUAUCAAGCGCGCAGACGUCGGCUUAGACCGAUGCGAUCCGGUUACACGGACGCAAACAAAGGGACGAUCCUCGAGCGACUGAAGGCUCUACAAAGGACUCACAGAUCAGAACUGCCAGUACCCCCAAAGAACGGGAGAGUGCAGGAUCACCCCUUAAAGGAACUGUUCCAUCAAGCGGAACUCGAUCACCUGAAGAGCCAUGACCAGAUGCAGUCCUGGAGAGAAGUUCCCAGGACUGUGGCCCAAGGCAAACAGAUCCUUGGUUGCAUGUGGGUAUACGUCUACAAGACGGACAAGCACGGUUACUUUGUGAAGUGCAAGGCUCGUCUGGUCAUCUCCUCAUCGAGCCCCUGCUGUUUCAAGAAGGACGGCAUCCUUGUGUUCUUUUACGUCGAUGACAUAGUCUUCGCGUUCCGCAAAGAAAAGAGACUCCUAGAAAAGGUUCUCGCCGCGAAGCUGGGUCAGCGAUACGAACUCUCAGGGGGUGGGGGACUUCAAUGGUUCCUCGGGAUCGAAGUGAUCAGAGACCGGACAAAACGUUUGAUCAGGCUCUCUCAGACGGCGUAUAUCGACAAGAUCAGCAAGCUGAUUCGAGGACCGGCGAAAAGCGAGGUGCCAAUGGGCCGAAACGAACUCCUACCAUACGAUGGUGUGACUACCGCCUCCGAUCUGAACUGGUACCAGAGAACGAUCGGAUCGAUCCUGUUUGCCGCCGUACAGACAAGGGCCGAUAUCUCUUUUGCAACAUCAAGACUGGCUCGAUUUCUCAACAACCCGGGGCCACAGCACUGCCAAGCUGCCGAUCAGGUCCUAACUUACCUCAAGAGGACGCGAAACUACGCCCUUCAACUUGGAGGAGCAGACACGCUUGACAUUGCCAGUGACGCCUCAUUUGCUGACAAUUCGCUUGACCGGAAGAGCUCCCAGGGACUGGCCAUGAAACUAUUUGGAGGUCUGAUCGCAUGGAGGGCUAACAAGCAAGAUACGGUCACCACGUCAAUCCACGGAGGCCGAACUCCUUUCCCUUUCGCAAGCAGCCAAGGAAGCACUCUUCAUCGACAGGCUUCUCAAAGAGCUGACAGUCGCUCUCGAAGACAACUACCUCAGGAGGCAAUGCUGCAUCAGCCAGACGACGCGACUGCUGGACCUACCGCUCAUCCACAGCCUUCAGGGUGCGCCAGCGGUCGCCACGUGGACCUGCAGCAUCCACUUGACCUAGCUCGGCUUCGGGAAGCCUGCAACAAGGCGGUCAUGGAUCACUCGAGUCUGCGUACACGCCUUCAGACAAGAUGA